AUGAGAUACGCUGGUGACCCUGGGCCCUGGCUGGCCACUCCUGGACUCCUGGAGUCCUUGUCCCGUUGGAACUACCUCCUAGGCGAACGAGGAGAACUCGAGGUCGGAGAUGCGUUUAGUGGGGUGAUACUACCUUACCUCCAGCUUCUCUGGGACCCGACAUAUACAGGCAAGGAGGCGCCCAAGACCCGACUGCACCCGACCCACGUCGGCACCCUCAACGUCGACAACCGCACCGACAGUAACAUCUCGGUGCGGUCUCUAGGCGGUAGCCACAAGGUUGAGCCGAUGGACAAGCGCCAUCCCUCCAGCUUUCAACAGCUGGAAAAGCUCGGUGAAGGCACUUAUGCUACGGUCUUCAAAGGCCGCAAUGGGCAGACGGGCCAGUUCGUGGCUCUGAAAGAAAUCCAUCUGGACAGCGAGGAGGGGACACCUAGCACCGCAAUCCGCGAAAUCUCGUUGAUGAAAGAGCUCAAGCACGAGAAUAUUGUCAGCUUGUACGAUGUUAUCCACACCGAAAACAAGCUCAUGCUGGUAUUCGAGUACAUGGACAAAGAUUUGAAAAAGUACAUGGACAGCUAUCAAAAUCCCGCCGGCGGCACCCGAGGUGCACUCGAUGCGGGCACGGUAAAGAGCUUCAUGUGGCAACUGCUACGAGGUAUUGCCUUUUGCCACGAAAACCGUGUCCUGCACCGCGAUCUCAAGCCCCAGAACCUCUUGAUCAACGCACAGGGACAACUGAAACUGGGAGACUUUGGACUUGCACGUGCAUUUGGCAUUCCUGUCAAUACCUUCUCCAACGAAGUGGUAACGCUGUGGUACCGUGCUCCCGAUGUGUUAUUGGGCAGUCGCACGUACAAUACCAGCAUCGACAUCUGGAGUGCUGGUUGUAUCAUGGCAGAAAUGUUCACUGGGCGACCGCUGUUCCCUGGCACCACAAACGAAGACCAGCUACUCAAGAUCUUCCGGCUCAUGGGCACCCCAUCCGAGCGCAGCUGGCCCGGUAUCAGUAGUUUUGCCGAGUACAAGCAAACAUGGCCCGUCUAUGCUACGCAAGAGCUCCGCGCCAUUCUGCCCCAAAUUGAUACGCAAGGUCUGCACCUGUUGAGUCAACUGUUACAGCUUCAGCCCGAAAGGCGUUGGUCUGCGGAACAGGCCUUGGCUCAUCCCUGGUUCACCGAGCUCAAUGCACGUAGUCAGGCAGCUGCAUCCGGAGCUUUCACGAAUCCGGUACCUGGAAUGGCGGUAGGACAGCAGCGUGCUUACUGA